AUGGACCUCGUUCUUCGUUAUGUGAACAAAGAAGGAAUUAUUAUAGAGCGAUUCCUUGGUAUUGUACAUAUAGCAAGUACUACAGCUUUGUCACUCAAACAUGCUAUUGAAUGUUUACUUUGUGAACAUAAUUUAAGUUUAUCGAACCUACGUGGGCAAGGUUAUGACGGGGCUAGUAAUAUGCAAGGUGAUAUCAAUGGUCUCAAAACUUUAAUUUUGAAAGAGAACAAGUCAGCAUUUUAUGUCCAUUAUUUUGCUCAUCAACUUCAAUUGACACUUGUUGCUGUUGCUAAAAAUCACAUUAACAUUGCUGAAUUUUUUUAUGUGGUUAGUAAUUUAGUAACUGUUGUUGAAGGCUCUUGUAAGAGACGAGAUGCUCUUCGAGAUACACAAUUUGCCAAAAUUAAAGAAGAUUUAGAGAAUGGUGUACGUAGAAGUGGGCAAGGUUUGAAUCAAGAGACAAAUCUUAAACGUCCUAGUGAUACACGUUGGGGAUCAUAUUAUGGGACUAUUCUCAGCUUGAUUUUGAUGUUCUCCACUGUUGUUGAUGUACUAGAGAUUAUUGAAGAAGAUGGCCUCUCCGACCAAAAAGUUGAAGCUCGAUCUAUUAUGAGAUGGGCAUCUUUAUUGGCUGAAGUAUCUUUAUUUUGUACCUCACAUGAUAUUCCUAUCUUGGACAUGGAAGCGAUAUCUGUAGUUUGUGGGAGGCCGCGACGCAACACCCAACAAAAUACAAAUUUACAUCAUUAUCGUGUUGAGCUAUUCUACACAGUCAUAGAUAUGCAACUUCAAGAGCUUAACAACCGCUUUUCUGAGACGAAUACCGAUUUGCUACUUUGUAUGGCUUGCUUGAAUCCAAGUAAUUCAUUUGUGGCUUUCGAUAAGGAAAAGUUGAUACGUCUAGCUAAGUUCUAUCCCUCUGAUUUUCUUGGGACAAAUAUUUUGGCACUUGACUCUCAACUGCAGAAUUAUAUUUUUGAUAUGCGCAGCAAUGGCUUCUUUUUAGAGCUUCAAGGAGUUAGUGAACUUGCUGAAAAAUUAGUGAGCACAAGAAAACACGAGACUUAUCCAUUAGUCUAUUUGCUAGUGAAGCUAGCUUUAACCCUUCCAGUUGCUACUGCAACAGUAGAAAAAAGUUUUUCAGCAAUGAAAUAUGUAAAGAAUGAACUGCGCAAUCGAAUGGGAGAUCAAUGGAUGAAUGAUUGCUUGAUUUAG